AUGGCUCUCUUCCUAGCUGUCACUAUUCUAUGGGCAUUAAUAUGGCUGCUCUACCGUGCAUGGCAGGUCUGUCAGACACCCAAUGAAGUUCUGGUGGAAAAGCUGGGGCUCGACAUCCCGCCGCCACCAGAAGUUACUUUGGAGGAAAUCACUGCGCGUGAGAUUCGGAUAGCCUGGAAACAGCCAGAGUUCCACAACUCUAUCCACAAGCAUAUUAUUCAACUAAACGGUGUCAAAGUGGGUGAAUCGAAACGAGCGGAGACUGCUGUCGAAAUCUUGAAUCUAGCCCCCGGAAGCAUCUACCAUAUUUGUGUCCUCUCAGUCAGUGCCGCCAACUUUCAGACACCCAGCGCGAUCAUCCAUGUGCGCACGAAAUCUCUACCUCUGUCCCAGUCACAGCAAAAUGCGCCGGUCGGAAAUCCUACCAUCCGGGCUUCGAUUCCUCGGUCGACUGCCGGUCUGACCGCUCCCGCGGCACCUGUCAUGGCUCGUGAGCAUAGCGGAGGACAACUCCAAGCGAAGCGAUCAACGGCCGGGCGGAAGUCAUCACCAGCGGCGAGCACUACUGACGUCACCCACAGCACUGCAGAGGAAUCGCAGAAAAGCACCACCAAUGACGAUCACGAUGAAACUCUAGAGCAGCUUGCCGAUCGGUUGAAGUCCCUGCAGCAGGAAAAUGAAACCGUGGAGAAACAGACCGCCGAGGAGGAGGAAGAGCACAUCGCGCUUCUGAAAGAACUCGAGAAACAGCGUGAUGAAUUGAAGAAGCGAGUGAAAGAGAAGGACGAAGCGAGCGGCGACCUGAAGAAACAUGUCUACAAGUUGGAAAGUGUCAACCGCACCGUGCAAAGUGAAAAGGCGAAGCGGGAAAGGCUCCUGCAGCAGAAAGAGUCCGAGCGAAAGAAGCGGAAGGCCGACAUUGUUCGAUGGCAGGAGCAAAUUGAGAGCAUGGCUCGCGAAGCUACCGAGUCGAAGGAGGAGAAGGCCCGAGUGGAAGAAGAAGGGAAACAGCGCGCGGACGAGAUUCGGGAGAAGAUCAGCAAGGAGCAAUCGGAGAUGAAAGUCAUCGAUGACGAGAUCCAGGACAAGGGCGGGCGUGUCAAGAAACUCGAGGAUGAGAGGAAGUCUCAUGAGGAAGCCGACAGUGAAGAUGGGAAGGAAUUGGACCGGAUCGAUAACGAGCGAGCACGCCAAUGGGACGUCAAAUUGAGCAAUCUCCAUGCUCGCUAUGCCACCCUAGUCAGCCUUCAUGCCCAGGCCCAGCAACAAUAUCAAGAAGCACAGGAACGCUUGAAAUGGCUUACCACCCAGCGGAGCGGCAGCACAGGGCCCUUCACUCUCCCAGCUCUCGAUGCGGAUGUCUCGAAUACUGCAACCAUCCGUCCACGCCGGCAUCGCAGCUCGCUUACUAGCAAUGUCUCUUCGCCUAUGAAUUAUACGUCCUUGGAACCGACAUUCUCCAGCAGCCUCAGCUACAACCCUCCCGUCACCAGCUCCCCUACCUUUGGACCAGCUUCUGCUUUCUUCAAUAUUACAAACGGGAUGACUCUGCCGAGUCUGACAAGUCAAUCUGACUCGCUCCAUGGCUAUUCAGCAGAUCAGAUCUCUCUCGGUGCCCCUCAGAUGAGUCCCCGUGCAGACGCCCUACUCCCUUCGGAUCUCCUUGGGGAUGAGGAGUCGCCUGAACUUCCUCGCCCAGUCAUUCGAUCCCGGUUUCCCAACCUUGAGCAGCCUGGCACCCAACUCGACUUUCCUCAUGGCCCACCGUCACCAGAUUCACCCAACAACAGUCGUCCAGCAAGCCUCUUCCCCAGCCCGCAUGAAAGCCAACCUCAUUCUCGAGAGGCAGACCCGCAAUCCGCCAAUCUGGGAGAAGUGGGUGAAGCGCCCAAGAGUGCUUCGCGGCGACUUUCUGGUCUCUUUAGCUUUCAUCGUCCUCGCGGUAAAACUCUUGCCGAUGAACCGCCUUUGCUGGGCAGCUUGAAACCGGGACAGAGUCAGUCAUUCCCCCGUAAUUUGGACGAGAUGGACCCCAUCGGUGCUAGACGUCGUCGGCUGAGCUAUACAGGCAACUGGGCGAAUCCGAUGUCAUUGUUCCCUCGAAGCAACACAGCCGGUGCCACGACGGAUAGCUCUUCUGAUCACCACCCAUCGCGCCGCACGGCAUUCUCGAGUAUCUUUUCUCCCAGUAGGUUUGGCUUUGGCAGUGGUAACAGCUUGCUCAAGUCCGGCGAGAGUGCGGAUCUCAGCACGGGGUACAACCAGUUCAGCCCCCGGCAUGAUCCCAUUGAUCCUGCUACGAUUCUUGGGAAAGUGCGGCGAGAAUCAUUGUCUCCGAGGCCGUCUUCAACCUUCUCCUUCGACAAUCAACUUCCCCAUCCCUCGACGGACAACAGGCACUUUGGCUGGCCCUCAGCCGAGAAGCCAGGCCACCGAAGUCCCUUGGGGUUUGAUUGGGCAUCCCCCUCGACUUGGUCUAGGGUCCAAUCUCGUCGACCAUCCAUUCAGUACGGAUCUUCUGGUCAUUUGCCUCUGAGCCUGACCGGCGAGCCCGAUUUUCCUCAAGACUCAGCGUUUGAGAGACAAGGACGUCCGUUGCAGGCUCCAAUUGGUACCAGGCCAUCAUCUUCACACCGACCUGUGACUCCUAAGUUGAACCCUGCAGCGCCUUCAUUCAAGGCUAUCUUCUCAGGGAAGAAGUCGGAUAAGGGCAAGGAAAAAGAGAAGGGCAAAGAUCGCGAGUUGGAGGCCCCCUUUGAUUUUCCCAUGGAUGAGGGUUCUCCCUCGGAGUCGCGCGCUUCGCGGGACUCGCGUUCGCUGUCUGUCCUCACCGGUGAUUCUUAUGAGUCACUGGAGCGCGUGCUUUCCACUGGUUCUUUGGAUAAUGCCAGCUCAAAGGAGUCGUUCAUCCGCAAGAUCACCCGCAAAGGGAGCUCGAGUAAAUUCAGUUCGUGGAAGGAUCGGUCUGGUCUUUUCUCCAAGCGGGGUGAUACUGCGCAGGGAGACAUUGACGAGGACGCUCACGGGGAGGCGUUGCUUGCCAAGAGUAUUGAUAGUACCGUGUCGAGCGCACCGUCUGCAGAUAGAUCGACCCGCAGUAGUCUCGGGUUCUUCAGUCGCAUGUCCAGGAAGUCUGCUGCGAGCGAGACGAGCGAGCGCCCCAGUGAACAGGCCAGCGAGGCAGAUGAAGAUUCAGAGGGGGAGGAGGCUGUUCAUCCUUGA